AUGAACUUACUGGCCGCGCGCGAUUGGACAAGUUAGUUUCUCCAGACUAUCCAAUAGGGUGUGCUAAAAAAGCCGAAAAUGCCUGACGUCCAGGAGAAUUAAACGCACUCAUCAAUGACAUAUGGCUGGUUUUUAGCCGAUAAAUAUCUCUUUUUUGUGAUUACAUUUCGCAGUUCAGAAAGUGUGGUUUUUCAAUAAGUCAUGUUUACAUCCAGGGAUUGAUAGUUCUCAGUCUAAUCAGAAAACUUCAAAAGGUCUUAGUGUGCGCAUAUGGUAAUACCCACAAUAAUGGGGCAAAUAGACUUAACUGCAGGUUUUAUGAAAGGGAAUUUUUAUUAACUUGACUUACUGGGUUAAUAUCAGAUUCAAGUCCUUGCGUACACUUUUCUGAUCUGCGCAGAGAAGAAUUGCAGAUUAGGUUUGGGAAAGACAAGACGCCCUGUGCGCGGCACUUAUAAAAUUUCGAAACCGCAAUAUACUUCCAAAGGACAGAUUUCUGUAUUUUAAUACCCUAUCAGUAUUCCAAAAUUUCUUCCCUGGUAAGAGCGAAAGCAACUUCGUUAAAAAUUAAUGGUUCUUGCAGAAUCAUCUGCAUGAGCAAUUGUUGAUAGCGUGGAUACCGUAGCAUAUCUUGCAAACCUCAUGACUAUGCAGCGAAUAUACAAAUACCCUGAUAACUCGCCAAUAGCUAAUUCCAUGUCAAAACAAUUCGGAGACGUAUUGUCAGGUAUUUGUUUUAUCAACCAGCAUGCCUUAAGGUAUUACCAAUGCAGAUUAUACCGGUCAAGCGGCCGCAGGCGGUUACAAUUGCUCGACCAGACUGCUGAGAAUGUCGGCUCGCCAGCAUAUUUCGUCAAAGAGGUCUCGAAUUUUCGUGGUUGUCCUCCUAAAACACACCUUUUCACUUAUCUGAUAUUCUCAAUUGCUUACCUAGUUAGUCAAAAGAUCUGGUAAAAUUGCAUAAAGCUUGUAAACGAAUUUAAUUAGAGCUCGGACUAAUUUUUUAAACACAAUGUUAGCUAGUGGAUGUCUAAGGAGUCAGCUUAAUGAAACAGCGUAUUAUCAAGUAGCAUGCAUUCGUCAUCCUAAUUGACGUCCUGCUUACCAAAAACUCUGGUCCUUAUUUGACUCUUUGGACUCUUAACUGUCGUGUUUCCCGCUUCUGCGUUGAAAUCCCUUAUGAUAGUUUCCCGUUUGGAGCUGACAGCUCAGAGAAUCCAACUGACACUUUUCGCACUGACUUAAUCCUUUAAUUGUAUCUCUCGUUAGUCCAGCAAUGAUUUGAUCCCUGCUUCUGUGCUGAAGUACUUGACUACUUGACCUUUGACAAUCUUGUCACGUUUGUUUUACUGUAGCAUUUAUUUUAACUUGACGAGGACUCCGCCGCUUGUAAGCUUCGCGCCGCUUGCAUGCUCUCUGUUCAGGUCGUUGCACAUUUUGAAUAUUAACUUUAUUCACUUACUGGCCUUCCUUACCUCUCUCCGUUUAUGAGGUUAGUAAGCCGUAGGUUGUUGGUUCGCGGGAACGACAUAACUUACGUCAUUGGUGACUCCGGACGUUAGCGCAGACUUAAGUUCUUUCCUUCUGUAACAUUUAAUGUCAUUUAACGUCCUGUAUUUAUUUUUUAAAUUUUAGUUCAUUUACAUUUCCCGCUAACCUUUGCACGAUAUUGUGCUACCUAUAUUUUCCUUAUUAUGUCUUCCUCAACUCAACACCCUGACGUUCCUGCCGAGUCUGUUCAUGCCGUCCAUUUCACUUUGCCUGGUUUUUGGCAACACGUCCCUUAACUUUAUUUUAUCCGUAUUGAUCAGCCUUUUACUCCGCCAACAUUACGUAGGAGUUGUCGAAAUACCACAAACUUGUGGAGGUUCUCCCUGCCAAUAUUAUCUCACAAGUUCAACCCUUGUUCGUGAAGCCCCCUGCAGACGCUCCCUAUUCUGCUCUGAAGGCGGAAAUCCUUCGUCUCAAUGCUGUAUCUGACCGAAAACGCUACCACCAUUUGAUCAAGGAGGAAUCACUGGGCAACCGAAAGCCCUCAGAACUUCUCCGACGAAUGCGUACUCUCUUAGGAGACAUGCAGGUCGACGAGAAACUCGUUAAAGAGAUGUUUCUAGAGCGGCUGCCUGCAGAUGUCCAAACGAUUUUGGCAUCCGGCUCGCAAGACCUUACACUUUCACAUCUUGAUGAAAUGGCAGGCCGAAUGAUAGAGGUUCAACGGUUUCAGCCAAGUUCCUUUGCUUAGGUUUCCACAUCCUCUUCAACGGUUAACGAGCAGUUACUGCAACAGAUGUUGGCUAUGGUGAAUGAGAUAGCCUCCCUAAAACUACGGCUUGCUCGCAUUACCUUUAGUCGUUCACCCAGCCGUCAUCGUUCACGUUCGCGACCUCGCACAGCCAAUUUGUGUUGGUAUCACGCAAACUUUGCCGCCAAGGCUCGCAAAUGUUCUUCCCCUUGUUCAUUUAAACCGAAACAGGGAAACCAGCCAGCCAGAGAAUAGACGCGACCGUUUUCUCCGGCUCUCCCAGCUCUGAUCGCACCUUUUAUGUCUGCGACAAUGUGACUCGCAGGCGUUUCCUGGUGGACAGCGGAGCACAGAUCAGCGUGGUUCCCCCCACUCCAGUUGACCGCCGCUGUCCCAGCCAUGGUCUACAUCCCUAAGCUGCAAACUGUUCCCCCAUUUCCACUUUUGGUAGUCGUUCCCUAAAUCUAAACACUGGUUUACGUCGAUCAUUCUCCUGGAUAUUUGUGAUUGCUGAUGUGCCUCAUGCGAUCCUUGGUUCCGACUUCCUAGCCGAGUUUGAUCUCCUUGUUGACUGUCGGCGUUCCUGUCUUCUCGACCGCACAACUGGUCUUUCUGUCCGCGGUCUUACACCCUUUAAUGACUCCAGCAAUUUAUCUGUUCUGGACACAGGUAUUGCUUGCCGAUACCGAGACCUGCUCCUCCAACACCCCAACAUAAUCAAACCCCAGUUUCGCAGUGGUGAGAUCCAGCAUGACGUUGUCCACCACAUUCGCACCUCUGGCCUCCCAGUAUUCGCACGGCCUAGACGACCGGCUCCGUCCCGUCUGCAAGCGGCGAAGGCCGAAUUUGAGCACGUGCUGCAAUUGGGCAUAAUUAGCCCGUCCAAGAGUCCAUGGGCGUCCCCUCUGCAUAUGGUGCCCAAGGCGACAUCAGACGACUGGCGACCCUGUGGUGACUAUCGCGCCCUCAACAAUGCGACCAUCCCGGAUCGUUAUCCCGUCCCUCAUCUUCAAGAUUUUGCUGGAGCUCUUUUCAACAAAUCGGUUUUCUCGAAGAUUGAUCUUGUUCGGGCCUUCCAUCAGAUUCCUGUCGCUCCUGAGGAUGUUCCCAAAACUGCCGUCACCACACCAUUCGGCCUGUUCGAAUUUAUUCGCAUGCCAUUUGGUCUUCGCAAUGCUGCCCAAACAUUUCAGAGGUUAAUUACCGAGUCCUACGUGGUCUCCCGUUUGUGUAGGCCUACAUCGAUGACCUCUUGGUGGCCACUCGAAAUGCCGAGGAACACAAAGAGCAUCUUGCCUUAGUGUUUGACCGCCUCGAUCAGUUUGGCGUGGUCAUUAACCCUUCGAAGUGUGUUCUGGGUGUGCCGCUCCUUGAUUUUCUUGGUCACCAUGUCGAUGCACAAGGUUUGCGUCCCCUCUCUUCCAAGGUUGAGGUCAUUCGUGACUUUCCUCCACCAACCUCCAAGCGUCAGUUGCAACGUUUCCUUGGCAUGGUAAACAUUUAUCGCCGGUUCCUACCGAACUGUGCCGACCUUAUGAUGCCACUCACCAACUUGCUCUCUGGUCCCAAGGGUCCCCUUGUGUUACGUGGCCACGCGCUGACUGCUUUUGAGAGAACAAAGACCUCCCUUGCUGAUGCUACCUUGCUCACUCAUCCUGCUUCAGAAGCCCCACUGUCCCAGAUGGUUGAUGCUUCGACCGUUGCCAUAGGAGCAGUCCUCCAACAGCAUAUCAACGACUCGACACGACCGUUGGCAUUCUUCUCCAAGAAGCUUUCACCUGCGGAGACGUGA